CACUCGACAGUCCACACUCUACAGUCAGAAGUGAAUAGUGAUGGUGGCGGACGGCGGUUGGCAGAAGCUGUAUGCUGUACUCGUAUGCUGUAUGAUAUUCGUACGAGUAGUAUGCGUAUGCAGUGCACUUGCAGUCGCAGCGUAGUGCGCACACUGUACGAGUAGCGCCAAGUGCUAGGUUAACUGCUAACCGAACCGAACCGAACCGGCUAAUGCUAAAAGAAUAAAGAUCGCCUUGUUCGCGUGUCAAGUGAUUGUUGAUUCUUAUUCGGUUAUUUCAACUGCAACUCGAAAUCGGAGCUUUCGCUUUGCUAACAGCGCCGCGUCGCAUCGCGUCGCGCUAUCGUAUUCAGUUUGCCAUUCUUUUUGUGGCUGUGGCUGUGGCUGUGUGUCUGUGAUCGUGAUAGUGAUCGCGGCUGAUUUUCAUUAUUCGCGUAACUCGGCUCGCUAAUACGAGUAUUGCAAAUUGUGACGUUCGCGUUCGCGUUCGCGUUCGAGUUAGCGUUAGUCGAUCCAACCGUACCGUGUCGUUUGUCAAGCUGCGGAAUUAGUCAAUUUUUACAUUUUUUUUACGUAUUCAGACACAACCGGCUUGCUGCCAUGUCCAUCAUAUUCGUACGAGUACAUUCGCGUUAUUCUUGUAUCACCGGUGCAGCGCCAGUGCCAGCGCCAGCGUAACUUUCGACAUUGUCAACACUGCCGCUUCUCGCAAAUCCGUACCUACUCUAAACAUAAAUCGUCCUACUCGCAGGGAUUCUGCAAAGCCGAGCUUACAAUACCUAUUACGAGUAUUUCAUCUUCAUCCGGUUGUCGCUGAUAUUGGCGGACACGAAAUCGGAACAAGUGCCGCCGCCGCCGCCGCCGCCGUCGGUGCCAGCGUCCAUCACCUAAUAUGUCCGGAAUGGGUGUAAAUGGUCAAAAUGUUGACGUGGUUCGCGAAUCAAAAUUCACAACUACGAGUACCACCCAAAAGAAGACGACGAGAAAAAAGAAAAGUGUCGCUCAGACUGCCGAAAACGAAAACGUCAACGUCAACUCCAACUCUGCCAUCAUCACCGCCUCUUCCAACACCACCACCACCACCACAUCUUCCUCUUUGUCCAACGCCAACGCCAACGACAACGCCACCAACGGUAUCGUGCCAAAAACCAAAAAAUCCAAAAAGAGCAAAAAACACGCCGACGAGAAAGAGAACAUAUCCGUCAUACGAGUAAAACCGUCGUCGCCGACAGCUCGUUGCGACGAUGACUUAAAUUUUCACCAGAUAAUCGACGACGGCGACGAAUUCUCUAAUGUUUGCGUUAGAGAGCUGCGAUCCGGAUUCGGAAAAUUUGAUCAAUUGACGAAGAAAACUCUGCUUCACGUUCGUUCGUCGGAUUCGAGCAAAGCUCAGCAACAUUUCAGUCAAAACGAAAAUGGCGUCGCAGAAAAUGCGUGUAACGUAUGUAAGGCUUGCAAUAAAACCGUCUUUGCCAUGGAAUUGAUAAAAGCCGAACGUGCUGUUUGGCACAGAAAUUGCUUCCGUUGCAACACCUGCAAUAAACAACUAACAGUGGAUAUUUACAGUAGCCACGAAGGUAAACUGUUUUGUAAGCCUCAUUUCAAGGAUCUAUUUAAGCCAAAAGUAGUCGUCGAAAACGAGGCACCCGUCAAACUGAAAAGGCCGGAAAUGAUCAUACGUGAAAAUCAGCCGCUAGAAUUGCCGCCGGACGUUGUUCGAGCGAGCGAUAAACCGGAUUUGGGACUAGACGAGCUGAGCAGUUUGAACGUCAGAUCGCGGUUUCAAGUUUUCGAAAAACAAAACACGGAAGAAGAUGACUCCAUCUCGGCCGCUGCUGACAGGUCCGCCGUUUGUGUAAAAAGAUCUCCUAGUAUUUUGAGCAAGCUUGCCAGAUUUCAAGCGAAAGGCAUGGACGUUGGCGUUUCCAGUGAUAUUUUCAACGGCAUCGAUUACGAAGAAUCCACAUCCAGCGAAGAAGAGGACGAGCAAUCGAAUACCAACGAAAGUAACGGAAUCACGAAAAGCGUAGUGUCGCGCGAAAAACCGAUCGCCUUCAAUAAGAUGAACGACGUCAAGAAGAAUUGGGAAAACGGACAAACGGCCAAAAAAGAAGAAAGAAGAGAAGAACGACGAGAGGAACUGCAGCGUAUUCGCUCGCGACUAUUUAUGGGAAAGCAAGGUAAAAUGAAAGAGGCGUACGAAAAUGCGGUCGCCGAGAGCGAGAAAACUUGCGUGAAGCGAGACGUCGAAAUAAGAGCGGAAAAGGCGCGUUUGAUUAAAGAAAAAUUCGAGAAAGGCCAAGUCGUCCACGACGAAGACAGCGACGACGACGAACAAGUAUCCGCAAAGAAGCCUGCUGGCGCCAGAGACGAAGACAUGGACGUGUUCGAAGCUGGAAUCUCGAAAAAAUCUCGCUCGCUAUUUCAACAAAUGGACGCCGCUGUCAAAUCGCAAACGCAAACGCAAACGCAAGCGCAAUCUCAAUCGCAAUCCAAAAACGUAACCGGUCCAUCGGCAGCUGCCACUUCAGCACCAGCCUUGGCUGCCGUUCAAAACGGCCAAAAACAAAAGGUGGCGGCUGCGGCGGCGGCGGCGGCGGUCGAUCGUCAGCUUUCGAGCGAAAAUGUCGUACGCGCUAGCGAUCCUGUUGACGAAAUUGUCGUACAAACGGCCGACAUAUCUUCGAAAUUCAAAUUUUUCGAAACGUACAAACCACCCGAAGUAAAGCGUAAAGCUUUCCGUAUCACUCCGCCGCGAGAAGGACAACUUAUACAGUCGAAUUCGCCAGAGAGAGAAGUGCCCGAUGGUUCGACCUGCGUAGCUCGAUGCGAACCAGACGUACAAGAUGAAAGCGAGCUUUUGAAAAAAAGCAAUACCACCGCCAAAAUGCUGUCGCUGUUUCGGCAAUUGGAAGAAGCGCAACAGGUUGUGCCCGAUGGGCCGAAACCGAUGAAAAAAUUUACUCCACCGCCCAUGUCCAGCGAAGCAAGCUCGGAGGAGGAGGACGAUGACGAGGACGAAGACGACGACGAUGAUGGCGAAUCAACCGACGAAGAUCGACUUCAAAACGGCGAUCGUAUCAUCCGUGCUUGUGAUAAAACCGAAGACGAAUACUUGAAAUUGGCGCAAGCUGCCGCAAAAGCGAAAUCGCUCAAGGAAAAAUUUGAAAAAUGGCAACCCGAACAGCAAUCGAACAAUAACGCCGUCAACAUGCUAGAGUCUGAACAAGCCAGUCUGGAUACGACGAAAUCUCUGCGAGCGAGAUUCGAAUCAUUCAGAAGCGAACAACCGCAGGACAAACCUCGUCCUAAAGUCAACAGAUUUGUGGAUAAAACUUGCAAAUCGUUGCCUGGAUGUUGCGAUACCUGCUUUAAAACAGUUUAUCAACUGGAGAAAGUUGAAGCCGGCGACAAAGUGUUCCACAGAAGUUGCUUCAGAUGCAGUCGUUGCAACGGCGUCCUCAGGAUGGAGACUUUCACGAUGAACAACGGCCAGCUGUACUGCGUUCCGCACUUCAAACAAUUAUUCAUUGCCAAAGGAAACUACGACGAGGGUUUCGGCAAUUAUCAGCAUAAAAAUAAGUGGCCAGUCAAGCCCGAUGUCGUGCCCUUAGUAUCGUCCAGUUAGGCCUACUUACGUCGUACCGUCGUACCGUCAACGAUUGGCGAAAUUGCGCGAGUACGCCGCGCCGCGCCGCGCCUUGCCGCAGAAACCUGCCAAUGGGUUCUCUGCAAAUUUUCUUCCAUACCGAACUAGUCUAGCGAUAUACCUACCUAAAAAUAUGUAUAGGUAACCAACAACAGCAAAUCUUGUCCGAAGUACGCGUACGAUUAGCAUACCUAUAGGUAGGAGUUAGGACCUACUCGUACUUAUCUACAUACUUAUACCUAUGUAUUUUGUGCAUCUUGAAUCUUGAAUCUUGAUACUCGUAUGGUGCGACGCCGACGUGCGACUUGAUCGCCUUCCUCGAUAAUACGUAUACCCUAUACCUAGAUAAGUAUGUUACCCGCAACAUUUCGGUGAUGAAACGAAUGAUAAACUUGAAGAGAAUUGUUCCGUAUGAACGCGUCUAUGUACUACGAGUAAUUACCUACCUACAAGCAGCAGCGAUGCAUUUAUUUCAUCACUUGUCUGAAUUUUUGCAUGUUUUCAUUGUUUUCAAUUAAGUAAGUAGUAUCGUCGUCGCGUCGUAGCUUAGGCAUAGGUAGUGGCACACAAACACAUUAUGUGCUCCUCGUUAGUCGUUAUUGUAAUACGUAGCUACCUACCUACCUACCUACCUACUUACUUACUUCACUUCUACGAACCAAAUAAUAUGUAUAUCUAGCAGUAAAAAGAUGUUUUCAUAACGAA